CGGCAUUCGGCCCUAUCCGCCCGAACUGUGACCAAGAGAUAUCGGCCGUGUUCUUGGCAAAAAGUUCUGGCAUCGCGAUCCGCUGCAGUUGGAUUCAUGUCUGUGUGUAAUUUUGUUGACUGGUUUUUCUGAUGAAAUCCAGGGUAUUUUCCGUUAUUUUCCGAAGUUUGAUAAAACCUCAACAAGCGGUCAGAAGAAAAUAUCUCACCAAACUCGGUCUCGCCAAAAAGAUGCCAUUCUCUUGACACCAUCGAAUUUUUGUAGCUUCGCCUUGUCCAACGCUCAGCUCAAGUGCCAAGCCAUAUCCGUGCGUUGCGCAUCGGUCGGAUCCACUAGAGUCUCACGUGAUACUCUCAUGUGUAACAUCCGCCUCACUGGGGGCCCGUGCAUGGCUUGGCUUACUUGGCUGAUCUUUGCCCCGCCAGGCGGCCCAGGGCAAGGAUGGUGGGGUGUCGCGUUCUCUUGUUCGAGAUACAUCCAACCAAACAGGUCAACUGCAGCUGUUCUACCAAAUCACAAUGGCUUCAACGCCAAACAUGGACAGCGACCGGCCAUUAUCGGUUAGGGAGCUCACAGACCUGGGUUUGCAAUAUGACUUCCUGCCCCAGCUCCCCCUCACCCGGUGGUACCGGGCGGCUGAAGUUGUCUACCGGGAGGCCACCCACUACCUCCGCGAUGGGAAUACUCCCCAGGCCUUCAUGAUGUUCCAACGAUACUGCGAUCUCGUCAUGUAUAAGCUCAGAACACAUCCCGACAUCAACCUUCCCGAAUCCCGGCCUCAAUACAAGACCCUGUCCAAACGUAUCCCUGCCAUCAUAGAGCUGAUGGAAUCGAUGCGGGUUGAGAUUGAUGAAUACUACAGCCGAUGGGAGGCACGAAUGAGGGCUCAACGCCGGUCACAACCUCCGGCAAAGAGCACAAUCAGACUGGUGGAUCCAGCCCUGUCUUGGAACCACGCUUCGCCGGGGAGCAUAUUAGAUGCCAGGUCCAACAAGGAUCUCGCCAUCGAAAUGGCCAACAAGGAAAGACUUCGGAGGAGAAAUGCGACUAAGAUGGCGCCCUCUCGGUCGUCUCGAAUAAUUUCAGAAGAUGAGCUGCAGCGCAGGAAUAUGGAGGCAGUUCGAAAUCAGUUGGACCGAUCGUAUAGGACAUCAGACACCAAUGACCGCUUGCAGUCGACCAACUAUUCUUACCCUUCGAUCAAGCAGUCGGCUCCUCUUUCGUACGAAUCCGCUCCUCGACGCCCGAGUCCCCCCCCGGCUCGGCCCAUGCCACCACGACCUCCCAAGCAACUGCCCGAGCCAUCCCGUCCUCCCUCCGUUUCACCCCCUCCACGGCCCAGGAAGGAACUGGACACUGAAGCAUUUGUCACAACGAGGUCACAAUCUCCUGUUAGACCGCCUAAAGAAGCCCUCGAGCCCGCACCUGAGCCCAAGAGAAGGUACACAUUUAAACCUGAGAAGUAUUUAGAGAACGGUGACCCGAUCCGUUCAAUCUUUUUGCCGGAGUCGCUUCGGAGACGGUUCCUCGCUAUUGCCGAGCCAAAUACCAGAAGAGGGCUCGAAAUGUGCGGCCUCCUCUGCGGCGCCAACAUCAACAAUGCCCUUUUUAUCACACACCUUGUGAUACCCGAUCAGGAUUGUACCGAGAACACUUGUGAUACCAGAAACGAAGCCGACAUUUGGGAGUUUUGUGACAAGGAGGAGUUGAUACAGAUUGGUUGGAUCCACACGCACCCGACGCAAACAUGCUUCCUCAGCUCCCGCGACAUGCAUACGCAGGCUAGUUACCAAGCUAUGUUGUCUGAGAGUAUUGCCAUCGUCUGCGCCCCACGAUACGAACCUUCCUGGGGAGUCUUUCGGUUGACCAACCCACCGGGCCUACCGGAGAUGCUGAAGUGCCGAAAGACGGAUCCAUUUCAUCCGCACGAUGUCCCGGGCGAUCAACUUUACGUGAACGCCCUUCAGCCUGCCGGGCAUGUCAUCGAAGCGGACCUCAAUGUCGACGUUUGCGAUCUUCGGGGAAAGACAUAG